UUUCGGUUCAUAAAUUUAAAGCACUUCAUUAGGUUUGGAGUGAUGACAGCUUAUUUCUAUUUUAACCAUUUUGAGUUCUAAUCUAAAGAUAUCUAAAAUAUCAGAUCUGAUGAUCAGUGUGUUUGUUUCUCAGCCAAAGAUCCUGAAACCAAAGGCAGUCCUCUUCAGGCACAGCUACAUGACCUCUGUGCUGGCAGUGAGGCAGAGAGGCUGGAUGGUUUUCUUCAUUGGGACAGGAGACGGGCAGCUCAUUAAGCUGUCUGUGGACAGGAACUAUCACGCUGCCUGUCCCACGGUGCUCUACAGGACCAGUGAUGACCGCAAAGUGUUUCCCAAAUUACAUCUGGAUCCAGUGGAUCGUAAAUAUGUGUAUGUGCCAUUUAGAAACCAGAUGAAGCGAGUUCCUGUGUCAAAGUGCAGCACGUACACAAAUGUGCAGGAGUGUUGGUCUGCACAGGAUGCAUACUGUGGUUGGUGUGGCUCUAAAAGCAGCUGCACAUUUGAAGAUGACUGCACAGAUUCAGACUGGCUGUCCAUUCCUGAUGAGUCCCAACACAAAAUGAUUUCCCACAAAGUUGAAAAGGACACAAACGGACAGAUUUCAUUAAAGAUCCACACACACCUGACUGUGGGCCAGGAGGCAGCAUCUAACUUCACCUGUCAGUUCUCUGCACCUUCCACUGAGCUUUGUACUCAGAAAAACCCUCCUCAACAGUUCCCACAAUGCACCUGCAUCCUCGAUACCACACUUCCUCCUGAUGGUCUGCAUGUCACAGUAAAAUUUAGACUUGGUUCAACACAACUGUCAGAAAAACUGAGUUUGACCAACUGCUCUGACAUCAGUGGACCACCAAGUUCUGUCUUGUGUCAGCAGUGCGUCAAAGCUGGUUGUAGAUGGAACAUAAACAGAUGUUCCUGGGCCGAUCAAACAGAGAUCAAUGACAGUGUUUGCCAAAAUGUGCAGUCUGGGAAGAACUUCUCUAUCCCAGAGAUCUCCUCCAUCACUCCCAGUGUGGUGUCUUUCUACGGUAGAAACCACGCAGUGCUGUCAGGUCGUAACCUCGAUGAUGUGACUGCAGUGAGGAUCCAGGCAGAUACUGACUGUACUCCAAAAGAAUCUCCUGUUUGGGACAACACUGGUUUCAGUCUGAUGUUCCACAUUCCCACUUCAGAUAUCAAAGUGGGAAGAGGAAGAUCACACUCAUGGGGUCUCACCUUAACUUUGUUGAAGGGGUCGUCCACAGCCACGCAAUGCAGGAUGUCAGACUUCCCAGAAACAUCAGCUCUCAGUACCUCACCUACGAUUCACCUGCAGCUAGGAGUUUUUCUAGCAGCACUCUGUUUGUGAAACUAGCCAAUGAAACCUUAGCCUGCUCCACAAAACUCUCCUACGUUCCAGACCCUGAGUUUACCAGCUUCACAGCCACAAGGACAGGGAAA